AGCUCUGCCUGAGAACGUUCAUCCUCCCGCAGAAAAAAGAAAACUCCCCAUAAAACCCUUUCUUUAUCCAGGUAAAAGAUCCGAUCUCCUUCACAGAUUAAAACAGUUAUCUAGCUCCUGUUUGUACAUGCUUGUGAGCGGUAUAAUUUAUCUCUAAGGACUUUUCCAAUUCCAAGCUUGACUCAAAACUGGAAAAAAAAAAGUCAGAGUCAUUUUUAUCAACACUUUAAAACCCCUUCUUCCUCGUUACCACCAGAAAAAUAAGAAGGGGGACGGGGAGCUGGAGACAGAGAGGAAGGAAAAAGGAAACCCAGGAAAAGAAAAACCCUGGCCCUCUAUUUCGCACUGCGUUUCUGGAAUGACCUAGAUCGGCAAAAAGAGCACACCAGCUCUGAGGUAUGCCAGCCGGAGCCAAGGUGCACAGACUGUUCUCCACCGGAGACCGGAGACCACCCCGCGGUGGCAGGAGCAAUGUAUUUCCUGUCCUGCACACCCCAACUCUGCUGGCCUCACAUCUUCUCCUGCUGGAGGACUUCGAAUCUCCGUCCUUGGCCCCAGUGAGCUGAGCUAGUGAAGCAGCCUGACCAGGAGAAGACACUGGGAAAGGAGAUCAGGCCUCGAGGCAGCAUUUCAAACGCCGGUUACGCGGGGGCGGGCAGGCGCGGAGUCUCGGGCUUACUCUGGGCGAGCGGGACACAGCUGGCGCUGAAUGGGAACGUUAAACCCGCCGCACCGCGGUCUGGUCUUGGGCCCAGCCUCCGGGCCGUGGCACCCGGCCAUUGGUCUCUGCCAGCCAAGGCCUGGCCUGGCUCCCGCACGCCGGGAUGGCCCGCAGCUCGCGCCGCUCACACCUGUUAGGUGCUGCCGCGCUCCGCGGCUGCGCCCAGCCAGCGCCCACCGCAGGGCCGGGACGCGGGUGCGGGGCGCGGGGCGCCGGCCCAGGAGCCGAGCCGGCCUUCUCCGGCCGCCCCCCGCGAGGCUGGGCGCGCAAGGCCGGGGCGUGGCGGGGCGCUGCGAAGGCGGGAGAGGUCGGGCCCGGCGGGGAGGCGCGGGAAGGGCCGCGGCCGCUCCCAGAGCCUGCGGCAGAGGCGGCGGGGCUGCGCCGCGGAGGGGAUGGGGCUCGAUCCAGUCUCCACGUUCCUCCUCGCGGCCCCGGCGUCUCCUCCCCUCUCCCGACGCGACGCCCUUUAGGCCGCGCAGGGUGAGCGCGGGCUCCGACCGGCGACACCUCGCGGUGCACUGGGGCGGAGGGCGCGGCUGGAGGCUCCUCCGGGCGGGCGACGCGCGUGACCCCCGAGCGCACCAGCCCCCGCCGCCGCCGCCGCGGGACUGCGGCCGGGACGGGGCUCCCCGCGCCCCCCGGGGACCGGCAGCGGCAGCUCGGCCCCGCAGCUCCGCGCGCCGUGUAGCCUCCGAGCCCAUGGCGGGCAGCGACGUGGACAGCGAGGCGCCGGCACGGAGGGGCGGCGCAGCGCGGCGUCCCGGGGCCCCCGGCGGGCAGGGCAGCGAGGCGGCCACCCGCUGCCCGGAGCCGCUGUCCACCGCUGAAGCGCCGGGCGAGGGCACCGCGCUGCCCGCCUGGAUGCGCCUGUACUUCUACGGGAUGCACGGGAUCACCCUUGACGUGCUGGUGUCCUCGGCGCGGCUCUUCGCUCGCAGCCCGGACCCGCGGAUGCUCGGCUUCUCCUCGCCCUACCGCUGCCUCCUGCACUCGCUCACCCACUUGGUCCUGGAGAAGCUCUACCUGCAGCAGCCGCGCUGCCCCAGCGCCUUCCUCUUCAAUUUCCUCCUGUAUCCCUCGGCCCACGUGGGGCUGCAGAUCCUGGCGGGCCAGGCGCUGCUGCUCGGCGUGGGCGGCGGGCAGGGGGGCGCGGCGGCGCCGGGGGCGCUGGACCUGGCGCUGCAGUACGUGCUGGCUCUCUACCACGGCCAAGUGUUCCUGAAGCGCUUUCUGCGCCUGCGGUACCACCGGCAGCGGCGGCUGCAACAGCGGCGCUGGGGCGCGCUGCCCGCCCCUCCUCCGGGAGCCCGGGUCCCCGCGGCAGCCGAGGGCCGGCGGCGAAGACCCCGAGGUCCCAGGGGUGCCGGAGGAGCCCCUAGCCAGGGACUACCCGACCUGCUCCGCUUUGUUUUCUUCGGAAUGCACGGCUUUCUGGAUGAGAUCUUCUUUACCUUCUUCUUUAAUGUGCUGGGGCAGGGGGACGGGACAACCAGCGGUCACACGUCGCUUUGGUCCUUCUUAAUGUAUGGCAGCUGCAGUUUUGUGGUGGAAAAGCUCUAUUUUCACCUCCACUACAGCCGUGGCUGGGGCACCUGGAAGCGAGUGCCCAUCUACGUGAUCUUCAUCUACGCUUGGGAGUUGUCCUGGGGUCUGGGACUUCGCACGUGCGGGGCUUGUUCCUGGGAUUAUUCCCACUACCCGCUCAAUUUCAUGGGCCUCAUCACCCUGUUGUAUUUACCUGGUUGGAUAUUUCUUAGUGUGUACCAGGACCUGCUUUCCAACGUGCUGUGGCGGGUGCAGUAUGUACCAGCUAACUAAGACCAGGAAAAACAAAAAACGAAAAACAAAAAAAACAAAGGAAAGAGGGGAAAAAGAGUCAUUGGAAUCCUAUGAAUGAAUGCAAUUUAUUUUUUCACGUUAGUCUUUUGAUUUUUAUACACUUUACUAAACUCUUACAACCUGUUUUCUUCGACAUUUUAGUUUCUCUGAGUGUUUGGGACCUCUGUACAACAGAAUACUUUGAGAUACUAUACUACUCGAAAAUCAUUGAAAGUACUUUCUAACAUAAGUAUUUUUAAAUCUUUACAAACCCAAACAGCAAAACCAUUGUACCUUAAUAUCGGAAAGCUGUAGUGUUCACUGGUAUGGAUAUAGAUGGAUGAUAGCUGUUAAUUUUUCUUUUCUAGCAUAGGAGUUGUGCGCAUCAGAGACCGGUGAUUUUUACAAGAUUUAGAGCAGUUUUCUUACUUUUAUUUAGUUUCUUUUUAAUCCAAUUCUGUGUUAAUUCUUUCCUAUAUUUACCAACGACAGCUGAAACUCCUGUGUCUUAUACUUCUGAAACUGCAGUUCAUAGCUCUUAAAGUGCCUGUCUAGCACAAAAGUGAAAAGAAACUGAUAAAUGUGAAAAAGUCUUCUGAACAGAUUUUAAAUUGAGAAAUCUUUUUCUAACAACUCAAACAGGUAACACUGUGCCCAGAUAGAUAGUUGAUCUCUGUCCUGGCCGUGAUUGCUUUCCAAUCAUUUGGUUAGCCUUAAACACCAAGUGUGUAUUCAUCAGAUACUAUGUUGUCUAUAGCUGUACAUUUUGUUAACUGUGCAAUAAUAUAAAAGUUUACCCUACGUGCCCCAGGACCCUAUGACAUUACACCACCAACACUUAGUGUUGCAAUGCUAAGGUACAUUUUCUACAUGAAGAUUCAAGCACAGAAACACAAUACCUUGGAAUAAAAUGAACCUGAAUGGUAACACUAAUUACCUUAGGCCUGUUUUGUAUGGCUACAGAUAGGUGUUUUCAGCAUUUUUCCGCUGUGAUUCAUUUGUAUACUUUUUUUUUUUUUUUCCUGCUGGACCCAGAGUUCUUGUACCAGGUCUAAUUUGGUAAUGUGCUUUGUAAAACAGUAAUAGCUUGUUGGUGACCUCUUUAAUAGCUGCAAGCUCCAAAGUUAAAUGAGAUAAUAGAAACCAUCUUAAGAAAUCGUGUCUAAUUAAUUAAUAAGGUACUAUGAGUUUGUUCACUGUUUUACUAUACUUGGAAAAGACAAAUGUAUUGAACAUAGUUGAGCAAAAAGAAUGACUAAUACCUUCUCGGCUUUCAUUACAAAAAUAAUUAAUAAAAUUUACAGGGUAUAUUGAAUAGGUCCCUACUGAAAUCAUCCAUUAAGCUGUAAAAGGGACAUUUUUCUGUUUUCAAAAAAUGUUUACUUUGGGAAUAGAAAAGAACAUGCAUUUAGACUUAAAUCGCACAUAGUUCUGAGGGCAUUUUAACUGACUUUCUGAGGCUUCGAUGUAAAUUAUAAGUCAUGCUGUACAUGAACCCCAACUGUGAAAUGAUUGAUGUCUUGCUGAUUAGUCAGGGAAAGCUUAAAAGUAACUUUUGCUGAGAGUUUCACUGAAGUUGUUUAUCACACUUAGUCACAGGUCAAAGAUUUUUUAAAGGCUGGGGAAAACAUAUCUGAGCAUAGACAGAAAGGUAGGCAGAUGCUGAACAGGGUUAUUUGUCAUUGAAACGUGAAACAUGAGCAUGGACCUAAUUGGUAUGUGACACUGCUUCCUUCACACAACAUGGUCUGUGAAUAUUUCACUGAAUCCUGACUUUUUGAAAUAUUUGCAUUAUACCUUUCACAUGCUGCUCCUCCAUUCUGCUGACCUGCCUGCCACCAUUCUCAGGGUCAAAAAUCUAUCAAGAAGUAGGAAAGCAUGUCAUUGUAUCUUGCUUUUAAUAGUAAUCCCAUUAAAAGGACGGUCACGGUUUUCAUCCA